AUGGACAUUCGACCGAGACUGCCUUGCUCUCAGCUGCUGAAGCCCAAAGACUGGUCCUCUGGAGUAUGUGGAAUGGCAAUCUCUAUUGCUAUUCUAGACUGUGAUCUGCUGCUGCAUGGCCGGGGGCACAAAACACUUGAUCGAUUUGAUAUCGAGACAGUGACGGAUGAAUUUCUGUUGACAACAUUCGGCUUCCCACGACAGCUUGUUGAGACGGACACAGAGGUCACGAGCCAUCAGCCCAGAUGUUCACUGCUGCUGAGCGCUGAGACACAUUGGCCAGGUAGUCUGACAGAUAGAACUGUCUUUAAGCAAUCCAGUGUGGCAAAGCUGUUUGAAGAGCAAGACAAUGACGAAGGUUGGCUUUUAGGUGACAAUCGUUACCCUAUAAAACAGUGGCUGAUGACCCCAGUGCAGAAUCCGGAGUCCCCUGCUGACUACCGCUAUAACCUGGCUCACACAACGACACACGAGAUUGUGGACCGCACAUUCAGAGCCAUUCAGACACGUUUCCGGUGCCUGGAUGGGGCAAAAGGUUACCUGCAGUAUUCUCCAGAGAAAUGCUCACAUAUCAUCCAGGCCUGCUGUUUGCUACAUAAUAUUUCUCUGCAGUCUGGCCUCGAUGCCUGGACUUUUGAGAGGACUGAGGCCACAGACCAAUCAGGGGAGGAUAUUGCUCCCAUUGACACAGUCGACCCAGAGGCUCUCAGAGUUCGACAGGAACUCAUCGAAAAUCAUUUCAGCUAAGAUGAAAAUGGAAUUCAACAUUAAAUUUUUUAUUUUAAAGAUACAAAUGCUAUUGUCUUCCUGGAUGCUAACAUUUUGUUAAAGAAUAUUCCACCAAAAAUAAAUAAAUAAAUA